GAUCGCAAUGUGCGGUAAGGUGUCGACGUCCCUAGGACAGCGCGUUCGGUUGUGUGUUCUUACGGUGGUCCUUGCCACCAGUACCCGUGUGACCGGUGUAACGUUUAACGAUACUGUGACAGCAGCGAGUACCGGAUCGAGGGAUGCACGAUUCCUGGCAUUCGGCGAGGGACUCAGUAGUGAAGAGUUCAGUCUGUACCCGUUGCAAUGGACCGACGAUGGGAAAACCACCGAUCGGUAUGAUGAAGGUAGUGAACUAGUACGUCUGGUGGAAGGUGGUUCAGAUUUGACACCGGAACCCUAUCGAGUGGUAGAGGUGAAACCGUUCGAUGCGGGUCGCUUUGGGACUACGACGAACAGGUACAGGGAUGAAGGUGGCUACCAGAAAUUAACUACCAGUGAUAUCUUGCGUACACCGUUGGACACCACCUUCCACACCACUUCCAGCGGCGAGCUGGUGGACACGGGCGGCUUUUAUCCGUCCACGGCGGCACUCCAGUCGCAAGCAGCAGAACCGGUAGUGAUGGCACCGGCACCGUCUUUGUCACGUGUUUCAGAGUUCUUCCGUGGUAUGCUGCAGCGAUUUGGCGUGUACCGGUACAUUGAGGCGUACCAGGGCGGUGGUACUAGUACCACCACCGGCAGUAGUAGCAGCAGCAGCACCACCAGUGGCAUCUCCACCACCGGCCCGUCCGGUCUCUCAUCGCACCUGCAACGCAUCAUACCGCACCGAUUUCGGCCUCACUUUGUCAACACGGCCAAGGGUCUGCGUAACAUACCGGCCCAGCUUAACGACGGACAGCUGCAGCCGGCCCCGGAUGAUGUAGCGGAAGGGGUAGACACAACACAGCCGACUGGCGGAUCGGCGGGACAGACAUCCGGUAGCAGUGGUGGGACCGUUACCGGCAAACCACCCGGCUCGUCCGGUGGUAGUUCCGGUACGAUCAGCUCCCUGUUCAACGCCUUCAAGCGCAAAGUCAAAGCCAUCUAUCCGGGUACCGUGUGGUGCGGAGACGGCAACCAGGCAAAGAGCGAAAACGACAUCGGGUUCUUCUAUCUGACCGACACCUGCUGCCGGGCGCAUGAUCUCUGCCCGAUCACCAUUGCGGCCGGCGAACAGUUUAACCGGCUGAAGAACAAUGGCUACUUUACGCGAUCCCAUUGUGACUGUGAUAAACAAUUUUUUAACUGUCUGAAGAACGCCAACACGCUCGUCUCGCGCCAGAUCGGCUACACGUACUUCAAUCUGCUGAAACCACAAUGCUUCCGGUACGAGCAUCCCAAGCUGAACUGCACCAAAAGAAGUAAGGGCAAAUGCCUGUCGUACGUUGUGGACGAAAAGCAGAGCAAGCAGUGGCAGUGGUUCGAUAAUCUCAUCUUUUAAGCACCCGUAUGUAUUAAGCUAGUGAUAUAUGGUGCCGGCGCAUGGCAAACCCUACGCAGCCGAGUACGAAGGUACGAUGCACCCAACCCAUCCGGCACAAAGUAGUGAAGUUGGGGUGAUUUUUUGUUUAAAGUAAGCGUUCCGAAAAAGAUGGCUUCCAUUCAACGCAACCCAUGUUACGUGGAGGGUUAAUAACGACAUGGCAACCCUACCGUGUCGAAUAUGCUAGAUGUAAAAACGCGAUCGACUUACAGCAUAAGCCAAGCCAAAACGGCGUAAGAGUGAAAGAAAACCCAAAACAAGACAAACAAAUGUACUUCAGCCACGCACAAAUGUCGCUAGCGCAUCCAAUAAUGCUUGAUUGGAUGGUCAAACCACUUGGAGUACUUAGCUUACUUUAUGCAUCAAAUGCAGUAAAAACCUUAAUUAAUUAUCAAUUGAGUGUGAUAGAAGGUAACAGCCACAUAGAAAGAAAAGAAAAGAAACGAAAAAAAAUAACUUACGAAAUUUACACAUAUCGCCAUAAAGUCACGCUUCUUAUCCUAUAGUACGUACUGUAAGACUUCACACUAACUUUAAAAGUAAAGCAAAAGUAUGUUUAUUCGUUCGGUAAGAUGGUGCUAUCGUUACAAUGUAAUGUAAAGUAGGCGCCGGAUAGAAUUUUACUUCCAUUUGUUUACGAUAUAGUUUUGCAAUGCUAGCUGUAAUAAACUGAUUCCGUAAUACUACAAUCACAGCUUUACAUUAAAGGAGUUCAUGUACCGGAGGGUAAGUAUUUUUAAA